GCGAAAGCAUUUUGUUUCUUCAUUCUUCCCUCCGUUCAUGAACCUUGCAGGUAAGUAUUCUUUCCUUCUUCGUUUUUUUUUUUUAUUUGCUUGAGUAAAUUGAGUUGCACUAUCCCUGUUCUAAAAGUAGCAAGUAUAUAUCGUCCCUUUUUUUUCUUAAUAUUUUUGCCAAAAAAAACAAAAGAAAUCAUAUUUGUUUAGUGAUUGAUAUCGUUGAUAAGUGAUUUAUUUUCAGAGAAUUAGAACACAAAGAGGGCUGGAGGGGAGCCUACUUAUCCAAGUUACCGCUUAAGAAAUUAAACUGGCCAUGAGAGUUAGUGAUUCAAAUGGAUCCCCAAAUCCAACCAGGCUUGAGGGUAAAAUAACUGCUCUGGUGGUGUGUUGGGUUUUGGGUUUGGGAUCCCUUCUUGCUUGGAACACUUUACUCACUAUUGGAGACUAUUACUAUGAGUUGUUCCCUCGGUAUCAUCCUGCGAGGGUGCUCACUCUAAUUUACCAGCCACUUGGACUUGUAACAAUGAUUAUACUUACCAGUCAAGAAGCAAAAAUUGACACAAGGAAGCGCAACUUGGCUGGUUAUACCCUUUUCUUCCUUUCCACAUUUGGACUCUUACUUUUAGAUAUUGGGACGUCGGGAAAAGGUGGAACUGGAAGUUAUGUAGCUAUAUGUAUUCUAGUUGCUGGCUAUGGCAUUGCUGAUUCUCUUGCUUCAGGUGGAAUGGUUGGAGAUCUAUCUUUUAUGUGCCCGGAAUUUAUCCAAUCAUUCUUUGCUGGUCUUGCUGCCUCAGGGGCUUUGACAUCUGGUUUAAGAUUGAUGACAAAAGCUGCCUUUGAAAAAUCACAUAACGGUCUUCGCAAAGGCGCUAUUAUGUUUCUUGCCAUCUCCACACUCAUCGAGUUUCUCUGCGUUUUAUUAUAUAAAUAUGUCUUCCCUAAGCUACCAAUUGUGAAGCAUUUCCGUUCAAAGGCUGCAUUAGAGGGAUCAAAAACAGUUAAAACUGACCUCGUAGUUGCUGGAAUCCAUAAAUUGGUUGAUGAUGAAACCCAAAUGGAAAGGCUAAGUACCAAACAAUUGUUGUGGCAAAACAUCGAUUACGCAUUGGAUUUAUUCCUGGUGUAUGGCCUAACUUUCUCAAUUAUACCCGGAUUUUUGUACGAGAAUACUGGGUCUCACAAGUUAGGAUCCUGGUAUCCUCUGGUUUUGAUAACAAUGUACAACGUUUUCAAUUUUAUCUCGAGAUACAUCCCUCUUAUCGAAUGCUUGAAGAUAAAGAAUCGAAAAAUUCUCAUGUUAGUAGUACUAUCUCGCCUCUUCCUCAUCCCGGCAUUCUAUUUCACUGCAAAAUAUGGUGAUCAAGGAUGGAUGAUAAUGCUCACUUCCUUAGUAGGGCUAACAAAUGGUUAUCUCACUGUCUGUGUUUUUACCGCAGCUCCGAAGGGUUAUAAGGGACCAGAGCAAAAUGCACUAGGAAAUUUGUUGUUUUUGUUCCUUGAUGGAGGAUUAACUUCAGGUGUGGCAUUGGAUUGGUUAUGGCUUAUUGGAAAUGGAAUAUUUUAGACUAGAUAUAGUGUAAAACAACAUGCUAUAUAUAUAUAUAUAUAUAUAUAUAUAUAUAUAUAUAUAUAGCGGCUUCAUUACCACAUUAUCUGAUAAAUGAAGUAGUCAAAACUCAAAUUGAGACUAUAAUAAUAAGGAAAGAAAUAAAGUGAGUCGAGCUGUCUAGGUUCCGACCGGGAGAGAUUAGAUCUGUCGAUUUUUAUAUAUGUCAUUGUUCAUUUGUAUAUUGAAAAAGAAGACCCAUCUGUAUAGGAAUGGAAUGCAUUUAAUUCC